CCACAACACGCGCAACCCAGCCUCCUCCAUCACCUCUUCUUCUCUCAACCGGUGUCGCCAUUCACUUUCUCGACGCACACACAAUGCCUCCUCGCGCCAACCGCGCGGCCACCGCCGCUGCAAAGGAAGCAACGCCGACUGUCAAUGGCACCACCGGUACGUUAUGCGCGCAUCCGACCAUGGUUCGCUUUCCGGAACAGCUGCUCAUUCACGUCAAUACAGGCAAUAUGCGUGCGCAACGAAGCGCAACGCGAGCAGUCAACGGCAUACUUGAGGAGCCAAAGAGCGCACCCGUUGCCAAAAAGGCCGCAAAGAAAAGCGCCACACCUGCGGCGCCCAAGGCCCUGCCAAAGCGCAAGAAGGUAGCCGAAACUGUAUCCUCAGAGGCUGAUGAGCCUGCGCCCAAGCGCAAGAAGGACGACGACGAAGGACCUGCAGUGGACGCGGACGGCGAUGUCGAUAUGGAGCCGCAGCCAAAGAAGGCCAAGACCACAAAGGCCCCGACGCCGAAACGCGACCUGCCCAAGGGACCGAGACGCAUCAAGGGCAAGAAGACCGAGGUCAACCCGCUACGCUACACCGAGCCGCUGAAGGUCUUCGUCUUUGGCGAAGGAGGCCAAGGCGAGCUGGGCCUGGGCGCAACCAAGAAGGCCAUAGAUGUCAAGCGCCCGCGAUGGAACGAGGCGCUGAGCAAGCAGGAUGUUGUCAAGAUCGCCACAGGUGGAAUGCACGUAGUUGCGUUGACUAAGGACAACCAAAUCCUGACCUGGGGUGUCAACGACAACGGUGCUCUGGGGCGUGACACUUCUGGCGGAGAGCAGUUGAAGGAUAUGAAAGAAGGCGACGACGAAGACUCCGAUUCUGAUGACGACGAGACAGGCGGUCUGAACCCGCUCGAAUCCACCCCGACAGCCAUUAGCGCAGACCACUUCCCUGAGGAUACUGUGUUUGUCGACAUUGCUGCCGGAGACAGCUGUUCGUUUGCCCUGACCAGCGAGGGCGCCGUGUAUGGUUGGGGUACCUUCCGCAAAAAUGAAGGGAUCCUUGGGUUCGCGAGGAAUAACGAGACCGCCAACACCCCAGUAUAUAUCGACAGCAUCACCAAGGUCACUGCCCUAGCCUGUGGUACGAACCACGUCCUUGCGCUUACCAAAGAUCGCCACGUCUAUGCAUGGGGCAACGGGCAACAGAAUCAGCUUGGGCGUCGUGUGACUGAGCGCAACCUCAACGAAGCUUUGGUGCCAAGCCGCCUCGGUUUCCAUGACACCAGUUUCAAGAGACCUAGCCAGCGAAUCGCGCAGAUCGCUUGCGGUGACUACCAUGGUCUCGCGAUUGCUGAGGAUGGCCACAUUUGGUCGUGGGGUGCGAACAACUACUGCGAGACUGGCCACGGAGAGAACGCCGGACAAGACAAUGCCAGCGUCCUUACACCGCGUAUCAUCCCUAGCUUGGAAGGCAAAGGCGUCACCACUGUUGAGGGCGGGUCUCACCAUAAUAUCGCAAUCACGCAAAAAGGAGAGGUACUCAUCUGGGGCCGCUGCGAUGGGUCACAAACCGGUAUUCCUCCGGCCCAGCUAGAGGCAAUAGAUGACGAGGAUCGUGUUCUGAAGACGGAGGGCGGCAAGCCAAAGAUCCUCAUCGAGCCCACUGUCAUCCCUGGCCUGAGCAACAUUGUGACCGGUGCCUGUGGACCUGAGCACACCAUUGUCAUCAACAAGGACGGCAAGGCAUACUCCUGGGGCUUCUCCGCAAAUUACCAAACCGGUCAAGGUACUGACGACGAUAUCGAGACCCCCACUCUCAUCGAUAACACCGCUGUGAGGGAUGUUAAGCUCGUAUGGGCUGGAGCUGGUGGCCAGUACUCUGCUCUUGCCAGCAAGCGGGAUUAGUUUAGUAAUCCGCUUUCUGUCCUUGCAUUGCUACUGUUUUGUAUCAACGCGGUAUAUGUUUUUUCUUUCGUGCAGACAUACAUCGGCGUUUCUGGGUUUCCGUUCAGUCGGCGGUCUGCAUAGCGUGUCUCUU